AUGACAUGGCAUGUCCUCUUCUUUCUCGCCAGUUUCCUCGACGUCGUGCCCGCCCUUGCGCCAAAUUUCACCUCCUCCAUUGCAGAUAUGUUGUCGUGCCGUCUGGAACCGCUACUUCCCCACUCGUGCCACUCCACUCUCGAUCGCCCAAUCGCAUACACACCCACACUGGAUACUGGUAGCUUCUUGGGCCGAGCAGAAAAGCGAAAUCGCCAUAUUUAUUUUAUUAUUCGAAUGAUUUAA